AUGCUUCUAUUUUUUCUUUUAUUUCAAAAUGUUUUUAUCAAUUAUUUUCUUUUUCUUUCUUUCUUUGCGUUUUUCUUUCUUUUUUUAUUUAAAUUUAAUUUUGAUGUUAUUUCUUUCUUUUUUCUCGUAGAUUCCGUUUCUCGAUCUCUUUUUCUUCCUUUGGCUGCUUUUUCAGUGUUUCCUCCUUUCUUAUCUUUUCUUUCGUUCUUUUUUGUCUUUUUCAGUUCUCUCUCUCUCUCUCUCUCUCUCUCUCUCUCUCUCUCUCUUUCUUUCUCUCUCUUUCUUUCAGUGCCUUUUCUGUGCUUCCAACUUUCUUUGUUUAUUUCAGUACUUGCCAUCUAUUUUCCGUCCUUCCCUCCUUCCUUCCUUCCUUCCUUCGCUCGCUUCUUUCACACUUUUCUUGCUCUCCUACUUACUUUCAAUGACGGACCGGUCGAAAAGUUAAACAUUUCUCACACUUUCCAAAAAGCCGAGCUACCCACAUAUCUUCUGUUUUAUUUGGCGUCUUUUUCUCUCUUUUUCUUUUCUUUCUGUAUUUCUUUCAUUAUUUGUUUAUAUGUCUUCUUUUCUCGUAAGGAAGACAUCGCUUACAGAGAGCGUAAAACUGGGAAUAACCAUAAAUUACUGAUUUCUACGUCCUACACACACUAUUUCUUUCUAUCUAUCUAUCUAUCUAUCUAUCUAUCUAUCUACCUAUCUAUCUAUCUAUCUAUCUAUCUUGCUCUGUUCACAAAUAUCUUGAUAUAUUCAUAUCUAUCUAUCUAUCUAUCUAUCUAUCUAUCUAUCUAUCUCAGCAUAUUUCUUCUCACAAUCCUGAAUUCAUUUCUUCCUAAGUUCCUGUUCGUUCGUUCGUUCUUUCUUUCUUUCUUUCUUUCUUUCUUUCUUUCUUUCUUUCUUUCUUUCUUUCUUUCUUUCUUCAGUCGUUUUUUAUUUUUUGUUUCAUACUUUCUUUAUUCUUUCCUACCUCAUACAGUUUUUCCUUUUCUCUCCUUAUAUUUCAUUCGGACCUUUCUAAAUAUAAUUUUCUUUUAUUCCCCAAUUCAUUGUUCAUCAUUUCCCUUCUUUACUUUCCUUCGUCAGUCUUCGAGUCUCAAGUUUGUUCUCUUGUUAUUUCCUUCAUCGUCUUUUUCUUGCCUUUAUUUAUUGCGUUAUUUGAUUUUUCUUCAUAUUCAUGUUUCCGUCCUUUUUUUUCUUUAUUCACUGUUUAUUUCCUUCCUUCUUUCAAAGCUGUUCGUCUGUUUUUCAUUGAUUAUGUUUUCUUUCCGUACGUAUCUACUUUCUUCUUCAUAUUAUUGUUUCAUUUCUUUUUUUCACUAUUUCUCUCAUUUUUUUCUUUCCAUUGAUCAUUUAUGUCUUCAUUCGUUCCUUCUUCAUUAUUUUCUUCUUAAUUUCUUGACAACUUUGUUCUUCUCUUUUCAACUUUCAUUUUCGUUUUCAUUCAUUAUCUUCCAAAUUCUUUUAUCCCUUUCCUCGGUUCUGUACACUUCUAUAUCUAUUUAUCUAUCCAUCCCACAUUCUUGGUUGGAGAGUGUGUCGAAUGACCUACCUUGUUACGAUUUGAAAAAUUUAGGGUGGAAAUGUUAUAUUAUUUAUGUAGUAAUCUUAUCUGUCACAUGGAUUUUCCCUCGCAUUCAUUGUACUGUUGGUUUUCUUUUCCUUAUGGUUAUCUAUCUAUCUAUCUAUCUAUCUAUCUAUCUAUCUAUCUAUCUAUCUAUCUAUCUAAUACUAUUCAUUAUCUAUCUAUCUAUCUAUCUAUCUAUCUAA